UGUAAAUAAAAAUACGUAUUUAUUGUAAAUAUUGUUUUAUUAUUAGUAAUUACAAAUUUUAUUGUAAAAUCAUCAAGAGAAUAUAACUUUUAAACUGAAAAUCGCUAUGGCUGUUUGCAUUUCAAUAAUUGGCAAAGAUAACGCCCCUCUAUAUUUGUCCACUACGGAUAUGGACAAAGAGUUGGAAUUACAGUAUCGUGUACAUGCUGCUCUCGAUGUAAUCGAAGAGAAGUGUCAACCUGUUACUAAGGGAACACCGGAAAGUAAAGAAGUUUAUUUGGGAUUAUUGUAUUCCACGGAAACACAUAAAAUCUAUGGUUUUGUGACAAACACUAAAAUUAAAUUUAUACUGGUUAUAGAUUCGGGAAAUAUUGCUUUAAGAGAAAAUGAAGUUAGAGCGAUGUUUCGUAAUCUUCACAUGCUCUACACUGAUGCUGUUUGUAAUCCAUUUUACUUGCCCGGCGAACCCCUAAACUCCAAAAAAUUCGAUCGUUCCAUACAAAAACUUAUGAGUGGUAGUAUAUAAAUAAACUUGUAUUAAUAAAACACUUUUGCAAUAAAAAAAAAUUAAAACUAAA